ACAUAAACCUUUAAGGAGCACUGCACCAGCAUCUCUCUCUCUCUCUCUCUCUCUCUCUCUCUCUCUCUCUCCAAACUAGAAGAUAUGAAGCAGAAGCAGGUUGGCAUGGAGCCAGAAGUGGCACAGACAAAUGGUUUGGAAGGGCUUCAAAGAAAGAGAGUUAAUAAAGGAGAAAAACAAGCUUUCAUCAAUUCACUAUCAAGUCGCGAAAUGGAAUCACUCGCUGCUUUAUGUGACACCUUCUUACCGUCUAUCAGCGAACCAUACAGCUCCACUAAAGAUUCUCUCCACGCCUUUUACAGCAUGUCUGCGUCCAUGGCUGGAACACCUCAACUCGUUGGAGGGAUUAUCUCUGGACGCUUGAAACAUCCAUCGGUUGGUUCCCUUCGUUUGGCAUUAUUGCUCUUGUCGACUUGGUUCGGAACUUUUAUACUUUGUGGGACAGCGAGCUUUUCUACUGAAUUCCCUUUCUUUCAGAGGUUCUCUCAGGUAUCUCAAGGGAAACGAGAGCUAAUCCUACGGUCAUGGUCGCUGAGCCCAUUCUAUCACCUAAGAAGGUUAUUCAAGACACUCAAACUUCUCAUUAUGCUAAUCUUCUUUACACAGGUGGACGAGGAGAAUGAGAACUCAACAUGGAAAGCUCUUGGCUAUUGUGGACCAGAUCCUGCCUUUGUGACCCAAACUCAACGAAUUAAAACACCCAAAGAUGAAGAAGACAAAGAACAAGAAGUUCUCAUUGGACCUCUUUAUAAAGGGCUAGUUGAUGUGACACACCCAAGAGAAGUUGUAGCAAAAAGACUCAGAAGGUCUGGAUUUCCAAGGUCGACGAUCAAUUCCAUAGAUGACAAAUCGCUAUCUUUAUCUUCUCCUUCUUUAAUUAUCCAAUGUGAUGCAGUAGUUGUGGGUUCUGGCAGUGGUGGUGGUGUUGUUGCUGGUGUUCUUGCAAAAGCAGGAUACAAAGUAGUGGUCUUGGAGAAGGGAAAUUACUUGGCAAGAACCAACCUAUCACUUCUUGAAGGACCAGCAUUGGAUAAUAUGUACCUUGAUGGUGGAAUGUUAGCCACCAGAAAUGUGGGCGUCAACGUGCUAGCAGGCUCAACUGUUGGUGGGGGUUCAACAAUCAAUUGGUCAGCUUCCAUUAGGACUCCAGAUCAUGUCAUCAAGGAAUGGUGUACCAAUUAUGAGCUCGAGUUAUUUGGUAGUAAGCUUUAUAAAGAGGCCAUGGAUGUAAUAUGUGAGCGCAUGGGAGUUCAAUCUGACAUUCAAGAAGAAGGAUUCAACAAUGCAGUUCUGAGAAAAGGGUGUAAUGUAUUAGGUUAUCCCGUAGCCAAUAUCCCUCAAAAUUCAUCUUUCGAUCACAAUUGUGGUUGGUGUUGUUUUGGUUGCAAGGAUGGGAAAAAGCAGAGUACAAUGGAGACAUGGUUGGUGGACAUAGUGGAGUCAAGGAAUGGAGUAAUUCUUUCAGGUUGUAAUGCCUUCAAAGUGUUACAUGAAAGAAAGAAAUGGAGGAAUAGAAAUAGUGCAACUGGGGUGGCCUUUGAAUUCAACAAUGGAUCCCGAAAAGAUAUCUAUGUGGUGAUGUCCAAGGCGACGAUCAUAGCUUGCGGCGCUAUGAGCACACCAACAUUGUUGAAAGGAAGUGGAUUGAGGAAUCCAAACAUUGGGAAACACCUUCAUCUUCAUCCUGUGGCAAUGGCAUGGGGCUAUUUCCCUAAUUCAUCAGUUUCUUCUUCAAAUGGUUGUAUUUGGCCUGGAAAAGAUAAGAAGAGUUAUGAAGGACCUAUAAUGACAGCAAUGUCAUCGGUGGUUGCAAAUCUAGAGGGAUCUGGCUAUGGUGCAAUCAUACAAACUCCAUCCUUGCACCCUGGAAUGUUUUCCACAUUGAUGCCUUGGAUUUCUGGUCUUGAUUUCAAAGAUAGGAUGUGCAAGUUCUCGAGGACAGCUCAUAUAUUUGCACUGGCAAGAGAUAAAGGUUCAGGCAUUGUGGAAUCACUAAACUCAUUCAGUUAUGAAAUGGAACCCACUGAUGAAGAGAACUUACAGAGGGGAUUAGAGAAAAUUCUUCGAAUUUUGGCCGCAGCAGGAGCUGAAGAGAUUGGAACCCAUCAUUGCAAGGGAAAGAAAUUGAAUGUGAAGGAAGCAAGUACACAAGAAUUUGAGAUGUUUGUGAAAGAUGAAAGUAGUAGGAAACUGAGGGACUUAUCAGGAUCAAUAUGUUCAGCUCACCAAAUGGGAAGUUGUAGGAUGGGGCUCAAUCCGAAGCAGUCUGUGGUGAAUCAAAGAGGAGAGACAUGGGAGUUGGAGGGGCUGUUUCUGGCAGAUUCCAGCGUGUUUCCAACGGCACUUGGUGUGAAUCCGAUGGUCACCGUCCAGUCCAUUGCUUACUGUACUGCUCAAUCUGUUCUUGAAUUUCUUAGGAUGAGGAAGAUGGAUACUAUAUGAUCAGGUAAUUGUCUUCUAAUUCCUAUCUGAUGUUUUUAAAUUCUUAAUUCUUAUGCGUGUAUAAAGCUAUCAGCUGAGGAUCGGAGGAGCUAGUGAAGUCAAUUCUAGUAUAUGAUGAUGGAGAAUGGAAACCAGUUUGAUCGAUCAAGAAGUUGUGUAUGAUUGGGCACGGAAAACAAACAAUAAGAAUUUUAAACGUGUAGAUUUCAAUUAAACGGAUAUAAUAGUUAGAGUUGAUGGAUAUA